CCGCCUGGGCCGAGGGACCGCGGCGGCGAGCGGCGCCUCCCGGGGUCUGCGGCUCCCGGACUGUGCGGGCCGCGGAGCAGCGGCUGCGGGCGAGCCCGGUGGCGGCGGCGGCGGCGGCGGCGGCGGCCGACGCUUCGCUUAAACCCCGCGGCCGGAUUGGCGUUCCCACAGCCGCCCGCAUGGACGCGGCGCUGAAGCGGAGCCUCUCGGAGGAGCCGGCUGAGCUCCCGGCGCCCGCCCGGGACUUGGAGGAGGAGGAGGAGGACGAGGAGGAAGAGGGGAUGGAGCACGAGCUGGAGGAGGAAGAGGAGGUGGACCCCCGGAUCCAGGGAGAACUGGAGAAGUUAAAUCAAUCCACGGAUGACAUCAACCGACGGGAGACCGAACUUGAGGAUGCUCGGCAGAAGUUCCGCUCUGUGCUGGUGGAAGCCACGGUGAAACUGGACGAGCUGCUGAAGAAGAUCGGCAAAGCCGUGGAAGACUCCAAGCCCUACUGGGAGGCGCGGAGGGUGGCCCGGCAGGCUCAGCUGGAGGCGCAGAAGGCCACGCAGGACUUCCAGAGGGCCACCGAGGUGCUCCGUGCCGCCAAGGAGACCAUUUCCCUGGCCGAGCAGCGGCUGCUCGAGGACGACAAGCGGCAGUUCGACUCGGCCUGGCAGGAGAUGCUGAAUCACGCCACCCAGAGGGUCAUGGAGGCGGAGCACACCAAGACAAGGAGCGAGCUUGUGCACAAGGAGACGGCAGCCAGGUACAACGCGGCCAUGGGCCGCAUGCGGCAGCUGGAGAAGAAGCUCAAGAGAGCCAUCAACAAAUCCAAGCCUUAUUUUGAACUCAAGGCAAAGUACUACAUGCAGCUCGAGCAACUGAAGAAGACCGUGGACGACCUGCAGGCCAAACUGGCCCUGGCAAAAGGCGAGUACAAGACGGCCCUGAAGAACCUGGAGAUGAUCUCGGACGAGAUACAUGAGCGGCGGCGCUCCAGCGCCAUGGGGCCUCGGGGCUGCGGCGUGGGGGCCGAGGGCAGCAGCGCCUCCGCAGAGGACCUGUCCGAGCGCAAACCCGAGCCAGAUGCCGUUUCCGUGGCCUCCGAGGCCUUUGAAGAUGACAACUGCAGCAACUUUGUGUCUGAAGAUGACUCGGAGACCCAGUCUGUGUCCAGCUUUAGUUCGGGACCCACGAGCCCAUCUGGGAUGGCCGACCAGUUUUCUGCAGUUGUGAGGCCCGGCAGCCUGGAUCUGCCCAGCCCCGUGUCCCUGUCAGAGUUUGGGGUGAUGUUCCCUGUGCUAGGCCCUCGCAGUGAAUGCAGUGGGGCCUCCUCCCCGGAGUGUGAGGUGGAACGAGGAGACAGAGCAGAAGGGGCAGAGAAUAAAACAAGUGACAAAGCCAACAACAAUCGGAGUCUUAGCAACAGCAGCAGUGACGGUGGCAAGAACCAGAGCAGCACCCCCCCUGAGGGCCAGGCCUUGGCCAACAGGAUGAAGCAACUCUCCCUCCAGUGCGCAAAGGGUCGAGACGGGAUUAUGGCUGACAGAAAAAUGGUGCAGAUCGGCUGAUCCAACCAAGAUCCUAGCCCCAGUGCACAUCGCUAUUUAUAUGAGAAACUGAUUGGAGAACGCUGUGCCAAUAACCCUUUAAUAUAUGCCAAAUCGUAAGUGUUUACUCUGAACUGCACUAGUGAGGCUUCAGAGACCGUAAAGCCGAAGACUUUUCCUCUGGUAAGAGCUCUGGGGCUGGUUUGUUUUCAGAGCAGAGUUGUUGCCGCGGGUGGACUGUGACCAGGGCACAGUCUUGGUGGAACGUUAACUGAAACAGUGUUAUGGAAGCAAUAACUAGUUCCCACAAAAGAACCUGAGCAGGAAAGGAGCUGGGAAGCUGAGCCCAGCUGUGGUCAACAGCUUGCUUCUCUCACCCCCCAUUUGGGAAAAUAGAGAUGGUCUUUCCUUUUAUAUCUUAGGGUAGCUAAUGCAAGACAAAAUUCAGAACAUACCUUUUUGACUCAGUCAGUGAAGGCUUAAAAAAAACCCCAAGAACAUAAUUCAUUUUUAUCAUCUCUGAUGUUUAAAAGGGGCUUU